CUUUUGCAUGGGAAAAUGAACUCAGGCAUAGUUCCUCCUACGAUAGGGCCGUGGUGGAAGCAGAAUUAGAAAAAGAGAUUAUCGAUGAUGCAAUCGUAGGAAUGACAUACAAAGACAUGUUUGGCGUACUUUUCUGA